AUAUUGCUUUUUGCUCCUUCAAAGCAAAUUCAAAACGGUGCUUUUAUUUUGUACACCAACAUCCGGCGGAAACGCCCGGACUUUUGUUUUGGAAAACCCGCUACCCAGCGGCCGCCAUUAUUGUCCCUGGCUUGACUGUCGAGAGGAAGACGGUUUAAUACUUUAAAACCUUAUAUUUCAGGGUUUUAACUGCAACAUUACAUGCCUGGUAGUGUAGUGGGUUGGUUAACUCAUGAAUUAGCGACACAACCCGGCUACAGAAUGGAGAAACGAUCUGACACCGCAGGUGUUGGAGGUUCCCUUCCCCUGUCCUCCCUUCGCUUGAUGGCUUCCCCUCUGCAGCUGACGUACUCGUACAUCUGGCAGGUCAUACGGCAGAGAAACGUCAAGCAGUACAGCAAAGUGGAGGAGUUUGUGACCAUGGUGACGCAGACUGUUCCUGACCUCAUAAGCUUCAAGCAGACUGCCCAGCUCAUCUUGGGGUUGAGAGCGAGGGUCAUUUUGGAUUUGCUUCACAAAGAGGGCCCACCAGAUACCAGGGCUAUUCAAACUCUCAUAAAUAAGUUGAAGGUCUCUGCAUCUUUAGGGGACGCAGAAGUGGAGAAAUCUCAAACGAACUUCAUGGUGCUGGUCCAGAAUCUGCUUAAAAACCCGGCUGAGAGGAAACGCUUCUUCCAGGAAGUGUUCCCUGUUCAGUACGGCACAAAGUUCGAUACAGCGCUGCAGGCUCUGACUGCAGGUCUGGUGUGUAAGCUGGAGCAAGUUCUUCCUGUUCCCAAUCUCUCCCAGCUUGGUGCCAUGAUCUCAGCGGAGCCGUCUGUCCUGGAGGCGUGUGGAGGCUUCAUCCCUGACUCCGGGGACCUGAAGACUCUCCUCUUGCACCAGCAAGCCAAGGGACUCCUUACUGUUAAAGCAACCAUCUCGUCCUCGGUGGGCAACUGUGUGCUCUCUUCCCUCGCCUUCCGGCCCAAACCAGUAGAACCACCGCCGCCGCCAACACCACCUCCACCACCUCCACCACCUCCACAAGAAUCACCGAAGCGAUUAGAGGUCACCCUCAACGAAACAAGCCCAGCGUCCCACAGUGACGCUGAAGACCUGGGAAUGAUGUCAGAUGACUCUGACGGCCCAGCAGACCUCGCUACUGGACCACAGGGGAGAUACGGUCAUAAAACAGCCGAUGGCAGCGCUGAAAAGGAAAAGAGUGUCACAGCAGCAGCUCCGGGGGAGAAUUUGGUGCAAGAGAAAACACAGGAACAGCCUGCCACAACUCUACAAAGCGGAGGGGAAGACGCAGCGGCAGAAGCACCAGAUAAAUCAGAUUCACAGCAGCUUCCAUUGAAAUCAAUCCCUUUCCGGGUAGUCCCAUUGCCGAUCAAAGCCGCCGCCACCGCCUUACAGAAUGCCGGCAACGCAGGAGCAAAAGACGGCCAAAAACCUCAGACUCAGCGAGUCACGUUGCAUCAGUGGGUGUCCCAGAUCGCCACUAACUCGCUCUCCCUCCCAGCCCUGCCGCCACUUCCUCCAGCCAGGUUGAGCGCAGGGGAUGACAUGAAGCCAAGCAUCAGAAGAAAAAAGCAGGUCAGGCCUCCGGCCGACAGAUUCACUUGCAGCGUGUGCGAUAAGAGCUUCCCCUAUCAGUCCAAGCUGAUGGACCACGAGCGCAUCCACACGGGAGAGAAGCCUUUCGUGUGCCCGGCGUGCAACAAAAGCUUCAGAACACAGGCAUUCCUCAACAACCACCUGAAGACCCACAGCACGGCGCGCCCGUACGCUUGCGGCCAGUGCGGCAAGUGCUUCAACAAAUUGCAGAGCUUGACGAAGCACAUGCUGGCCCACAGCGGCCAGAAGCCCUUCUACUGCAACAUCUGCAACAAGGGCUUCACGCAGUCCACCUACUUCAAAAGGCACAUGGAGUGCCACACCAGUCAGAUGACGUUCCCCUGCAAGCACUGCAACAAAAGCUUCCCAACGGCCUUCAAGCUGUCCAACCACGAGCGCUGGCACACCAGAGACCGCCCUCACAUGUGCGAGCGCUGCGGGAAGAGGUUCCUCGUCCCCAGCUUGUUGAAGAGACACAUGGGCUACCACAUCGGCGACCGCCAGUACCUCUGCUCCCAGUGCGGAAAGACCUUCGUCUAUUUGUCCGACCUGAAGAGGCACCAGCAAGACCACAUACCCAAAGCGAAGAUCCCGUGCCCCGUCUGCCAAAAGAAGUUCUCCAGCAAGUACUGCCUGAGGGUUCACCUGAGGAUCCACACCCGAGAGAGGCCCUACCGGUGCUCCAUCUGCGAAAAGACCUUCACGCAGGUCGGGAAUCUGAAGGUCCACAUCCGGUUGCACACCAACGAGCGCCCGUUCAGCUGCGACGUGUGCGGCAAGACCUACAAGCUGGCGUCCCACCUGAACGUCCACAAACGGACUCACACGUGCAAGAAGCCCUGGACGUGCGACACGUGCGGGAAGGGAUUCUCCGUCCCCGGCCUCCUGAAGAAGCACGAGCAGCUGCACCUGAGGGAGGCGAACCCCGACUUCACCGGUAAACGGAGACACAGGGGUAAGCACAAGAAGCACUCCGUCAAGAGGAAAUUUGACGAGGAAGACGAGGCUAGCGAUGAUUAUUGAUCAAAGAAACAUAGUUUGUAUUAAAUAAGGAUGCUCUGAUUAGGGGUUUUAGGGCUGAUUCAAAAUCACUGAUAUAAUAAAAUAAGCUAAUUCAGAUAGCUUCUGCAUAAAUGAACCAUGUCAUUCACACGUUUUUUUUCAAGGUUUGUUAGCUUGUGGUGGAGAUCAGGUCACCAUGAUGGCUUGAGUAGUGAAAACACAUUUAUAAUGAUGCUUUUUUCUGAUCAUAGGAUUUAAAGAUUACCCAAUUUGAGUUAUAAUUUGAGCAUCUCAACAAAUAUAAGUCCUUUCCUUUCUGUAAUCAAUGCUGUUUUUCAUAUAACUAGGUGACAAAAUGAGUUUAGGAAAUCAAGUUACCCUAAGCUGUCACACUUUGAGAGAGUUUUGUUAAUGGUUGGUGAUCAUUUUAAUUACAAUAAAACCGCGAUGAAGAAAUGUUGAUAUUCCAAACAUUGUGCUACCUGAAUGUAGCCAACAUUUUAAAAAAAAUGGGCAUCAUGUAAACGAUACAAUAAAAGUAUUUCAAUGCAUGUAACUGUAGAUAAUUUGUCUGCUAUGUAAUAAAAACGUUGUAGUGUCUCUAGGAAACAUUUUAUCUUUGUUACCGUAUCCUUGUGGAAACUGUAGAGAUUCAAAACUACUUUUACCACUCGCUUUUGUAUGUAAUCCUUAACUGUAAACAUUACUCUGCUUUUGUUUUAGAGUGAAAAUAGGCUGAUUUGUGUUUAUUAGGAUUUCACUUUUUGUUUUUCCAGCAGUAGAUGCAGUGUUGUUGUUCUAAUGAUGUUGAACUAACACAAAAUAUAAUUUAGUUUGGACAUAAUAAACAUUAUGUGUGAUGAGGUUGUGCUGUGUAUCUGUCCCAUUACUUAUCCUAUUGUGAGCAGCCAUGUAUACAAGCCAUUAAGCAAUAUAUACCUGUUUUUGAUGUUUUGCAGAAAAAAUAAAUACACAUGGCAAAGAA